AUAAUGAAAGAAAUUCUUCCUUCCAAUGUAUACUUAUUCGAAAUCCUUACUGUUUGUUUAGUAUCACGCGUUAUUUCAGCUUGUUUGGUUUCAGACAGUGGAUAAAACACUGAAGCAUAUACUUUUUGAAAUAAUAAUGGUGUUUUGAAGAAGUUUGUGAUCACUUUGAAUUUGAGAUUUUUAAAUGUAUUGUAGAUUUUAAAUUUGUUUUCACUUUCGAUAACUGAAAAUUGAUUCUAAUGGUUAUUUGAACUUAGAAAAAGAUAUGUUUAGAAUUCAAGAAAACCAAGAUGGAACUACUAGUAUACUUUGUAAAAGCACAGGAAGUAUAAUUUGUACAAUCAAUGGCCAAUCAGUGGGCAGUUGCAGACCUCGUCCUGUGAAUGUAGUAGAACCACGUGUGCAUGUGGAUGCAUCAAGUAAUGAAUCUCCAUCCUUCUUAGCUGAACAAGAUGAAAAAAAUAGUUCCAGAACUCCACUGCUGAUCACAGGAAAUAUUAAAGAGGACUCGGCGUACUUCCCAGAGAGCGUAUGCUGCAUAUCACCUAUUCCUAUUUUUUUCGAAAAAGAGGUGACAGAAGAUUAUCACGAUGACUGUAUUACUCAAGAUGAAUUUUAUAGGUGUCUCAACAUUGUUUCAAAAGAAAAACUUGCAGCAGAAGGUAUUGAAAAGUUACAUUCAGAAUUCCCACUCAGACUUUUAUCCAGGACAAAAGCAUUUGAAGCUGCAGUGGAUUUGCAAGAUACAAAACUUCCAGAUGAUACGCCUUUGAGUUCAUGUCUAGGCAUAAAAAUACUAAAAUUAAAUUCUCAUAAAAAUUUUAUUGAUGAGCAAGCCAUAAUGAUGUCAAUACAAAAAUAUGAUAGUUUUUGUCGUUUCCCAUUUAAUUCUACAAAACUGUCGUGCAAUUUUCCCAAGUUGAGGUGUCGGGAGAAAAAGGAUUACCCUGCAUUUCUACCUCAAAAAAUUUUAAAACAGGACUCAACUCAUGUGUAUUCAUAUGGACGCAGACAACGAAAAGAAAGAAUGAUAACAAUUAGAGAAGGUCUUGAUAAACGAAGUCGAAGAUUGAGGGAUUUGUGCGAAGCAAAAAAGUUGUUUGUUCGCAUAAAAAGACUUACUAAGGAAGAAAUUAAAACAUUGACUGCAAGGAAGCCAGUGCCAAUUCCUCCUAUUAGUGAACCUGAUUCUGAUGAGAUAUGUAUAUUAUCUGAAAUAAAAAAUUCUAAUUUCACAGAAAGAAAACCAUCUGUGGUUGGCGGUAUAAAAACACAUUCGGCAGCUUCUGAAGAUAGGACUAGUUACCAUUCUAUGCUUUCAAGUAAUGCUAGAAACUCUUCACAAUCAAGAAUUUCUUCUGUGCCUCUGAGAUAUCAAUCUCAUUUUUCAAAUAGUUAUUGCAAGCCAGGUUCCAAACUUUCUGUGAUUCAGAUACUUCAGAAGAAAAAUAAUUGUGUUGACUGUAAAGUACUUUUGAGGGAUGUGAACCAAUUUAUGAUAGAAUACCAUGGUGAUUAUUAUGUAAAAGGUACAAAUAUCCAUGUUCCUUUUUAUUCUGAUUUUUUACAUACAUUGAAGUCAAAUAAAUUAACUCUUAGACGAUAUGAAAACAGAAAGAAAAGUGUGUCUUCUACAGGAAUAAAAAAUGAUCAUGCCUAUCAUCUUCUACCUUCAGGAGUUACAUCUUCAAAGUGUGAAUUUGUACGAGAAUCACAUAGUUUUCGUUUAAAUGAAAGUACAAAAGGGGGGAAAAGUAAUGCAACUGAAUAUUAUCCAAUAAAUAAAACUUUGAAUUCUGCAUCAGUGUCACAUACAAAUUUGCUUUAUAGCUCAUCUCCAACUUCACCUGCAUUAAAAGAAAGAACGAAAAAUGCGAAAGCUGGUAUUUCUUUGAAAACAGAUGAUCCUGCAUCUGAGAAUAUACCAGUGGUGAAAGAAAGAUACAUUGUCUCUCGAUGGGUUUUUCAUUGCUUUGGAUGUGGCCACAAAUGCAUCUUCUACAAAAAGUGUUUUAUGGAUACAGCUGUUACUGAACAUAUGCAAAUAUUUCAUUCUGUUUCUGAUCCUGAAUCUUUCCUUUCAUCUUAUCUGGAUAGUGUCAACCAAUGCUGUAUUAUAGAAGCAUUUCCAGGUUAUAAAGAUUAUGGUGGAAACUACAACAUUACUCAGCGGACAGAUGUAAAUGAUCUAUAUAUGCACCAUGGGAUGCUGUUAAAGAAACCACAAUUAGCAACUCUUUCGUCAAGCUAAAUUCAUGCACACGAAGAGAACAAUAAUAUCGAAGACUGUGAAGAUAUUGAUACAGCUUUUCCUGAAUAAUAAAAAAAUGUAAAUAUUAUAAUAAUGCUGCUUUAUCUGAUUAUAUAAGGGUUGAAGACUUGGAGUCUAUGAAAAACUGAGUGACGAUGACAUAAUAAAAACUGCCCGAAAAGAUGAAAAUGGAAAAGAAGAGACCUUAUUGGAUUCAGAAGAGAAUGCAGAGACUGUUGUGCUUCCUUAUGAUCAAGCCAUAAUGGACUUUAUAAAAUAUCACAUCAGCUUCAGGCUGUGAAAAAUAAAUUUUUACGUACAAUGACUGAUUCAGACUAUCUUGUUCGCAAUGGACUCCUCUACAGAGGAAACUGAAUACUAUAUAAAAAGGAUUAACGAUAAAUUUUUCAACAAGGCUAUUUCUAGUGAUUGUAAAUUUCUCGAUGAUGAGAUUCUUCGAGAAGAUAUUAACCAUCAAACCUCU